ACUGGGGAAGCCUGUGAAGUGGUAAUUCUGGAGCGGUGCUGCGUUGUGGAGUUCAGGAGUAAAGCCCAUGUUUCAAUAGUGCUCAAGUUCCAGAGCGGAGAACCUGAUCUUUACCUAGAAGCUGCAUCCAAGCCAGACUGCGAAUCCUGGGCUGUGGCACUCGGAGAGGCAAACUCGGAAGGUUUGCGGAAUAAAAUUCAGCAGCUCCGGAGGCUGAUCAUGGAAGUCAAAGAGGAGAGAGCAUCAGAGGAAGCACGGCCGUUUGUCCCUUCAUCGCAAGCAGACAGUCUAGGAGAGCCGCAGUUUACAAGUAUUCAGAAAAUUGCAAAUGAACCAAAGCUGGAGUUCAGUCUUGCAUGCAAGGAUCUAGUGGCUGCUACCCGUGAUCGGAAGCUGAGUACAUUUAUACAAGUCUCAGUGGUGCAUCCAGCCGAGCACGUUCUGACGAGAUAUUCGAGCACUGAAAUCGUGGAGGGAACAAGAGACCCACUCUUCCUGACCGGUGUGACGUUCCCACCUGAAUACCCCGUCUAUGAGGAGACGAAAAUCAAACUGACAGUCUACGAUGUCAAAGAUAAAUCUCAAGACACGGUCCGCACCAGUGUCCUACCUGAUCAUAAGGAGCCGAGAGCAGAUGUUGGGCGAAGCUUCCUGGGAUGUGCAACUUUUAGAGUGGGGGACUUGGUGAAGUCAAAGGAGCAACAGUUGACCCUAACCUUGAGGACUUCUGAUGGUGGGAAGACAGUUGGUACCAUUGAAGUCAAUCUUGUGAAGAUGGGAGAGAUAGAGGAUGGAGAAGCAGACCAUGCCACAACAGAUGCACAGGAUCAAAAGUGUGCAUUGGUUCGUGAAUGUACAGCCCCUGAAGGCAUGAGUGGUAAAGACAGCUUGCCUUUACUAAAUGCGGUAUUAAAAAACCCAAUCUGCAAGUUAUACAGAUUCCCUACUUCUGACAACAAGUGGAUGCAGAUCCGAGAGCAAAUGGCUGAGUCUGCGCUGUCUUUCCAUGUUCCCAAAGAACUGAUCAAUCUGCACAUCAAGGAGGACAUGAGAAGGAAUCAGGAACUUAAGGAGCUGGGAGAGCUCGCUCCUCACUGGGACAAUAUGCGUAAAAAUGUUAUUGCUCACUGUGAUCAGAUGAUGAGCUUGUACCAGGAUACUCUUGCAGAGCUCGAAAAGCAUACAGGUUCUUCUUUCAAAUCAAGCUGUAGCAAAGGAGAAACCAAGUUUAUUGAACUUCUGCCAUGCGCCUCUGGUGCCACCGUGUUGCAGGAGCUCUGUGGCGGGGGGAUGAGCAGGUGGCUGGCAGCAGAUGCCGUGUACGACGUGGUCACCGUGGGAGCCCCGGCCGCGCACUGUCAGGGCUUUAAGAACGGCGGCCUCUGGAAACUGCUGGCUAAAUUUGAGGCAGAAAGGCGAAAUACCAGGUACCAGUGUAUUUAUUAUUCACCUGAAAACACAGCCAAGGCAAAAGAAGUUCUCAGCAACAUCAAUCAUCUACAACCUCUCAUAUCAAGCCACGCAGACCUGCUGCUUAAUUCUGCAAGCCAGCGUUCUCCAGACAGCUUGAAGAACUCUUUAAAGAUGCUUUCAGAAAAAACAGAGCUAUUCGUGCACGCCUUCAAGGAUCAGCUGGUGAGAAGUGCCCUUUUAGCACUAUACACAGCGCGGCCUGGCUGCGUCCUCAAGAAGCCCGUCGCGCCCCAAAGCGGCGCGGAAGAAGGUGGGGAUUCCCAACAUCAGGAUUCCCCCGCUCAGCUUAAGCGACAGGACUCCAUACCUCAUCAUUCGGAGUACGACGAGGAGGAGUGGGAUAGGGUGUGGGCCAACGUGGGGAAGAGCUUAAACUGCGUCAUUGCCAUGGUGGACAGACUGCUCGAGAAAGACAACAGCAGCAGUAAAGAAGGUGAAAAUGCCCCUUCGCCAGCAGACCGCAAGAUGUCACAUGAAGGUGGUGACUGGUAUGAGCAGCUCUAUCCCCUCGUGGUCACGCUCAAGGACUGCAUGGGAGAGGUGGUGACCAGGGUGAAGCAGUCCAUGACGUUCGUCCUGCUCCAGGAACUGGCGUGUGGUCUGCCCCAGUGUCUGAUGCUGACCCUAAGGAGAGACAUCGUCUUUAGUCAAGCACUUGCUGGAUUGGUCUGUGGCUUUAUAAUCAAACUGCACACAGGUUUACACGAUCAAGGCUUUUUGCAGCAGCUUCAUACCGUUGGACUGCUUGUGCAAUAUGAAGGACUCCUUAGUACAUAUAGUGAAGAGGCAGGUAUGCUGGAAGACAUGGCUGUGGGAAUUUCAGAUUUGCAGAAAGUAAUGUUUAAGAUCAUUGAAGCCAAAUCAGAAGAUUUUUUGCCUAUUAUCACUGGAAGGCGUGAACGUUAUGUUAUAGAGGUCCAGCUUCCAGCAAAGAUGUUUGAGUUGCUGCCACAAGAGAUUAAAGAAGGCAAGCUGCUUCGCAUGUAUCCAGUUCUCUUCAAUGUUGGAAUCAAUGAACAGCAAACACUUGCAGAGAGAUUUGGAGAUACCACUUUGCAGGAAAACAUUAACCAGGAAAACUUUGAACUUCUGAAAGAAUAUUACAAGCUGUUUACAGAAAAAAUGCCUCCUGAUUGCCUACCACAUUUUCAAGAACAAAAUGACUUAAAGGGAUUACUAGAAAACCUCCAUCAAAAUAUCCAGGCCAAAAAGAGAAAGAAUGUAGAAAUCAUGUGGCUGGCUGCGAUGGUUUGCCGCAAGCUGAACGGGAUCCGUUUCACCUGCUGUAAAAGUGCCAAAGACAGGACAUCCAUGUCGGUGACACUCGAGCAGUGCUCCAUCCUGAGGGACGAGCACCAGCUUCACAAGGACUUCUUCAUUCGCGCGCUGGAUUGCAUGAGGAG